AUGGAGACACCUGAGAGCAGUGCAGGAAAACAGUUGGCUAUAAAAAUAGCUGUCAUCCGUGGAAAUAACCUGCGUGGAAAAAAGGCAGACAGCUUCCAGAGUUUUCUGCAGGUUGAAUUGGAUGGAAAGGUGUUGGGAGAGUCAGAUAAGAAGCAGAUCAACCCUGUGGAGCAGCGUGUUGACUAUGACUUUACCUGCAGCUUCCACUGCCCCAGUGAUGCUCAGGCUCUCAGUAGCAUUGCCCAUAAACCGAUCAUAUUGAUGGUGAUGGAGGUCCUGCCUGAGGAGAAGAAAACUGAGGCAAAGACAGCAGUGCUGGGUCAAGCUGUGGUCGACCUGCUGCCGCUGCUACAAGGUCAGUGCAACUUCUCGUCCACAGUCCCACUGAAUCCAGUGACCAGCUCCCCAGCCAAAGAGUUUCAGUCCUCCAGCAGCAAGGUUGGUUGUUUAAUGUCUCAACAAUAAUACCACUCAGUUACUGGUAGAGGCAGAGUCAUAGCUACUAUGAACACAAAGCAGUCGACCCUGGAUGUCUGUGUCAGUGUGUCGGAUCCAGUGCUGUCUGAGGCUGAACUCUCAGCCUCCAACCUGCUGAGGGUAACCAUGGAGACAGCCUACUCGGUCCCAGAGUCAUGGAUGCUGUCUGGUCCUGCACCCUGCACAUACACUGCUGUCCUGGAGGUCCCUCUUACUGCAGAGAAAGAUCAGGUGCUGACGUUCUGCGAAGGGCAGACGAAGGCCGGGGGGCAGAGGGAGGAAAGGGGCAGACAGAAGAAGAGGCCACAUCAGGCCCUGCUGGUCCCGGGAAACCACUUCUGGCCUGCUGCCUUUUUCCAGGAAGAAUCCAUCGAACAGGAGGAUGGCGAGCUGACCGGCUUAGAGGACCAGGAGUUUCGCAAUGAGGCAGAGACCAUGAAGAGCAGGGUGAGCUGGGACACAGAAAUGUGCUGCUUCCUGGAUGAAGGAGGAAUUACCAGGCUGCGGCAGAGGAUCACUGAGAGCAGACUCUGGCCGGUGGAGAUUAUGAGGUCAUUGGCUCCGCUGGCAAAGGCAGAAACCAAACUGCUUGCUGAGGAGAACCCAGAGAUCCCCUUCCAUGGUGUGGCGUUUGUGGACAUGGGGCGGCUGCUAUAUCCUGGAGUCAGCCGCAUCCGAGGAGCAUACAGCGUUCAGCCCUUCUCCAAGGCUGAAUUGCUGAAAAAGGCCAAGCGGAGUGUCAGUGUGUUAAAGGAGCAGGCCAAGGCUGCAGCCAACCUGGUCAAAGCUCGUGCUGGCUCAGCUGCAGGCUCCCACAGGGCUAAAACAGGGAAGAACAUGGAUGGAAGCAACAAGGGAGCCAAGGAUUCCAAGGAGGUAGCCAAAAAGCAACCUGGUAAUCAGAGCAGGAUGCCUGCACCCGACAGCGCAGCUGACAGCCUGUCCGAAACUGAGCUGCCGCACGGCAAUACAGAGGGAAAUAUGUAUGUGGAGGCCAGAACUUACAUUAUCAUUGAGAUAUCCUUGGAGAAACCGCUCGUACCCAUAACAUCUCCAGAGGAACUGGUCAGAAGGGUGAAGGAGUUGAUCCCACCCAGACCUCCACUUCCAGCAGGCCCCAGCAGAGCAGAGAAAGCAGUGCUGGACUUCCACAGCCAGGUAGGCAACGUGGUGACGCAUGUUUCGGAGCAGUAUAAGGAAUUGUUUGGAACAAGAUGCAAGCUGUCAGAAGACUCCAGCCAGGAGCAAGUGAAGGUUCAACUUAUGGGAGCACUAAAUGUCUCAGGGAGAUACUUCACCUUCAAGGAACAGAUGAAGCAUGCAGUGGUGAGGAUUGUACGUGACACAAUGCAGCGCACAGAGCCAUUCACCAACCCUCAGGAGCUACAGGCUUUUGUCAGCAAGCUUUAUGUUUACCUGGUGGAUGAGAUGCACAUAGCUCUCAACAAGAUUUAUUCAGAAGACGUCGAUGAUGACUCCCCGGAUGAGAUCCAGUUGAGUUCCUCUCAGCUCAGACAGUUUGCCAGGGAGGCUCGGCUUACUGGGGAUUAUCAGCAGGCUGUUCAGUACUACCAAGAGCUGGUGGUGAGGCACCCCAAUGAGCCCUCCUUCAAGUUUGAGUGGGGAAGCCUCUACAUGCUGACUGCAGACUUAAUGAAGGCUAAAGAGUGUUUCCAUGAUGCUGUGUCCAUCCAGCAGGCACACCAACCCAGUCUGAUGAUGUGUGGGGUCUUGGAAGCCAUGUUUGAGCGUUAUGAGGAGGCCCAGACCUUCCUGGAGCGAGCCGCCAGCCUAGACCCGACCAGUGUGGUGGCCUGGACGCUGCUGGGUUUACUCCAUGAGAGCCGGAAUGAAUCCAUCCUGGCUGAGAGGGCAUUUCUGGAGGCCAGAAGGCAGCUGAGGGCAAACGAAGCAAAGAAGCAAACACAGAGGGAGGAGGAGAAGAAAGUCAAGGAGGAGAAUUUUAAAAAAGAGAAACACCAGCCUGAAGAAGAGGAGAUGGCCACGUCUGCAUGUCCGUCUCUCACUGCCAAGCAAGACCCAGACUGUGGAGACCAGGACUCAGGGGCACAAGAAGAGCCUCCAGCACAGAGUGUCAGCUCCAGAUCAGCUGCAGCUAAACUCUCUUCCACUAUUUAUACAGAGACGGUUCAGUUCCUGCUGCAGAACGUUGCCCUGCAGAUGGCGGAGCGUGCUCUGUCCCAGGAGCUGCUGUGCUCAGACGGUGGUCGCAGUGUCUCCUACCUUCUUCAUCUGGCCCAGUUGCAGCUGCUCAGAGCUGACUAUUGCAGUGCCACCGAGAUCCUCAGCGAGGCGUUGUUUCACAAUGAACAGGAUGCGGAUGUGUGGGCUCUGAAUGGUCACUGUCACUACCUGCGGGGGGCCUUCAGUGAUGCCCAGGAGAGCUAUGAGCGGAGCCUGAACUCACUGCAGCAGCCAUCAGACUCUCACCUUGUCCUCCUCCGCCUGGGAUCCAUCUACCUCCAGCAGCAGAAGUUUGAGCAAGCCAGAGUUGUCUACCUUCAAGCUUGUGAGGAGUCUCCAUCCUGCCUGACCUGGCUGGGCCUGGGCACCGCCUGUUACCGGCUGGAGGAGCUGUGUAUAGCUGAGAAAGCUUUGACUGAGGCCAACCAUUUGAAUAACCACAACGCAGAGGUGUGGGCUUACCUGUCUCUGAUCUGCCUCAGGUCUGGCAGAGAAGAGGAAGCAGAGCAGUUUUAUAAAUACGCAACAAGGUUCAACCUGCAGAAGGAGUCACUCCUCAGUGAGUUCAGUGAGCUGAAGGAUCAGCUCCGCUUCAGUCAUCUGGCAUCAUGUUUUGGAACAAGUUCUGAAGCAAAGGUUUAA